AUCAAUAUCGAAGGGGGGUUGUGGGGGAGGGGAGACGAACACGACAGCUGUUGAAUUCAUCGAUUUUUACGAGGCGUCCCUGACUGAGUUCUGAUGCCAGGUUUCGUGAAAUGUUCGAGGAUCUGUUACGGUUUUCUCUGGUGCGUGUUUGUAGCUUGGUAUGGGAGGCGAGGUUGGGUAGGCAAAAGAAUUUUUGGGACAGGUGAGGCCACACCCGUCGUCAGGUAGCUAUAUAAUCAGGGUCGGGUGGCGAUUUUCCCUCCCAGCGAAAUCUUGGUGACAAUUAUUGUGCUACAUUAAAACGAGACGAGUUUGUGCCGCUAAUGCUCUGGUCCGCAAUGAAAUGGCUUUCUGGGUCUCAAAUAUUUGAUUGCAUUUUGUAUAUACUAUUUAUACGUGCCCUUCCAAUAAGAAAAAAAUCUUCCCAAAUUUACCCUAAAAGCAUUUUGAAGAGUGGAGAAAAUUUCCAGACAUGAAUUCAGGAUUCCAGAAGUGUUCACCACAAUUACUGGGAACACAAAACUGGAUGCAAAAAAACAAUUGUGAUGGAAAAAACUCGCGGAGAAACAGUGAUGUUGGAGAUGUCAAAGGAUAGUAUCGGCUGGCCUCCUUUGGACCGCUUGGACUUCGGUGACAUGAUGGGCGAUGAUCUUGACAACGAAAUCAUACCUGUGUUCGUGGAUGGGCCAGUCGAAACAGCAGAGUACUACGGAAGCCCUGAUGAGAUUUCUCGCCUGGGUAGUAUCAUGGUGACGGAGCGCCCAUAUUCUGAGAACGAUUGGGCUCCAGGGGCAAGGUCAGGGCACCAGCAUAACCCCUCCGAGUAUAACAUGGUCCCCCCUCAAAACGCUGGUGUUCAAGCAAUGAGCUAUGAGACUCAUGCCCCCGGGAAUAACUCCGCAAUGAGCUAUGCGACACAUACCCCCGGGAAUAGCUCCGCCGGGCGACGCGCGAGUUCUGGGCAGUCUGCGGAAAGUGGAGGGCACGGUUUCACCCGACUCUUGGCUCCUGAUGGAUAUUAUCCCAUCGGCGCGAGUCCUUUGAAUCAGCUGCAGCAGUCCUCAUCGCAUCCACCGGAAAGGGGUCGUCGGGAGAGAAGCGAGAGGCGUCAUCAUCAUCAUCAUCAUCAUCAUCAGACGACUGGUGGAUUCGGAGGAGGACAAGAAGGAGACGGGCGAAGAGACCACCACUCGUCCUCCUUCCCCGGCGAAGGGCGAAUGGAAGACAGGCGACCUUUUCCCUAAUUUUCAGGGCAACUUUGGGUCCUCCGGGUGGGUGGUUUGCGUUUCGAGUGAUACACUAAAUUGUCCUUGAAUAUCGUUGCUGACCCUAAAUACGUGGGAAAAAAAAAUGGUUACCAUUUGUUUUUUUUGAGAUACAAAAUUUUGUGAGAAUUUCCAGUUAGGAAAUGUAUGAUGUUCAGGUUGGGGUCAUUUCAAGACGACCAGGUAAAGUUGAUAUUAUACAUUCAACUUAUCGCUUGCAUAUUUAACUUUUAACCUUGUCUCAGGAUCGCUGCUGUUUUGGUUUUCUUUGAAAAAGAACGUUCAUCUGUAUGAGAUCACAUAUUUGCUCGUAAAAUUUUAUUUCUCGUGAAUGUUUAUCCUUUCUCUUGGCAUCGAAGCUCAGUAGUUAAUCUGAAACAAGAUACGUAGUUGAAAUUAAAUGUCCAAAGCAGAAAAAUUGAAUCAAUAAUAAAAGCUUUAUCUGACGUUGGUAAUCCACUUAGCACGUUCGCGUCAAACUAUAGCGAUAAAUUUGCAAUAUUCAUUAUCUUGUUUGUUAUUUUCUUUCUUUCAAUUCUAUUAUUUUUUUUUAUUCUUUAAUCCUUGUAUCACUGUCGCACCGGAAUGCCAAAUCCACUGGCAGCCCAUUUACUCCUUUGACAGGAGCGGGUGUUGACCGGGUCGUCUUCACCCAAGUCCUAGAUAGAGGUAAUGUUUGUAUGGCCAUUUCUCUGUGCACGCUCCCGCGGCAAUGUGAUGGGUACUAAGAAGUGUGCAUGCAGUAUCUGCAUUUUGUCAGUGAUGUUGGCCGCAUCAUGGAAAACGUUGACAGCAAGCGUACCCUACUUGACACGAAGCGUUUUGCUACAGGCAUGUACCGGCAAAAAUUCUUUACGUAUGGAAGCGUAGUUAGUUAGAAGUGUGUAUAUCUGACAUUUCCGUGUUAUAAAGAGUUCGACACACUUCCGAAAAAAAUGCUUUGUUUACCAUAUAUACCUUACUUACAGUUUACAUAAUAUUUCAAAUUUACAGUUUUAAGGGCUAUAUAUACUGCAAAAUAAUUCAUAUUUAUUCACAGUUUACAUAAUAUUUAGAAAUUAUGGUUUUAUUGGCUUUAAACAUAUAUAUCCAGUAUACUUUAAUUCACCGAUGUACAUACAUAUAUAUAUAAAUGUAUGUAUGUUUGUGCGUGUGUUUGUGUGUGUGUGUGUGUGUUGUAGUAUAUUGCUCAACCAAAGGACAAUUUGGUGAAUAGGGCUCUUCAGUGGCUAGAGGUGUGAGGGUUGCAAAAUGAAUUAGUGUUGUUAUCACCUUUCGAAUUCAUUCCUUUUAUUGCCUCAGCAUUGUCAUUCUUAUUUAGAUUCGCACCUUUUUCCCUAUGAAGGAUUGCUGACGGACGUCAUUCCUACCAAAUAAGAACUUUCCGCACGAUUAGACACCGAUUUCACGCACCUAAACAACCGAAGGUUGGAAUGUUCUGUAUAUCUUCGUAUUACUUUAUUCAAACUUUGAAGUGCCUCUCUGUUCAUUAUUUCAGUUCGAAAAUAUUUCAUCCCCCUCGGUAUUCAGCGCCAGACUGAAUACCUUAACUACGGUAUAUGCUAUCUUGAAUAACUACCUAAAUUAAUGUCUCACUAAGACUUAUGAAAUAAAAUCUCAAAUUUCAAAUAUUGGUCAGAAUAAAUACUGAAAUUUGUGGCGAUUUUUUAUUUUUAUUUUUGCAUGUUCAUGAGAGUUAACUUGCUCUAAAAUUGUCAUGAAUGAAUACAUUUGCUUCGUAACUUUAUGAAAGUUCAUAAAUUUGAAGGUAACCGCGAAAAACUCCAUAGGAAGUGAAAAACUAGCUUAUAUUUAGACUAGAAUUAAUUUUUCCUUGUAAAAAAAUUCGAGGACAAUUAAAGAAGAUAAAGUUUCGAUAAGGUAAUACAAUUUAUUAUGUUUUAUGGGAUUUUGUUUUAGAAUUCAAUUUUGACAUUAAAAAAAUUCGUGGAUAAUUUAUGAUAAUGCAGUUUGGUAAGGUAAUACAAAUAAUUAAUGUUUUACGUGGUUUUGUCCUCGUUUGUAGUUUAUAACAAUGGAUGUGGUUUUUAUUUGAGAUUAAGGAACGAGAAAUUGUUAUGUAGUUGAAAUGGAAUUUGUUUCUAUUUGAUGAAACAAAUUAUGUAUUUUUGAAGUGGAAUCAGUUUUUUAUUUGAAGUUUAUGUGAUAUUGUUUAUUUCAAAUAAAUUUUAACCAGCUA